AUGCCGCAUCGCACCAUUCAUCUUUUCCGGAAGGGACUUCGGCUUCACGACAACCCAACGCUGCUGGCCGCGCUGGAGUCCUCGGAGGUCAUUUACCCUGUCUACAUCCUGGACAGAAAGUUCAUGACGUCUGUGAUGCACAUCGGGGCCCUGCGGUGGCAUUUUCUGCUGCAGUCCCUGGAGGAUCUCCAGAAAAACUUGUGUCAGCUGGGCUCUUGCUUGCUGGUUAUUCAAGGAGAGUAUGAGUCUGUUCUUAGAGAUCACAUCCAGAAGUGGAAUAUCACACAAGUGACUCUGGAUGCAGAGAUGGAACCGUUUUACAAGGAAAUGGAGGCCAACAUACGACGUCUGGGAGAAGAGCUGGGGUUUGAGGUGCUUUCUCUGGUGGGCCACAGUCUGUACGACACCAAACGGAUUUUGGAUCUGAACGGUGGGACUCCUCCAUUAACAUACAAGAGGUUCCUUCACAUUCUGUCUCUGCUCGGCGACCCUGAGGUGCCUGUCCGAAACCUUACAGCUGAAGACUUCCA